AUGCUUCUUUCUGACAUUAUCGACCAGUAUUUCAGCACCCAGGACCAUGACCUGCGGUACAUGGCACUUCGGGAGCACAUACUCAAUGCGCGCGACCGCUGGUCGGACGUUCAACUUCAAGGAUUAGUAUCACGUGUGCUGAUUCCUGCACUCAGCGACCGGGACACGGCAAUAGUUGAGCUUGUUUCGACCCAAGUAUUCCCGCAUGUUGCGGCUCUGCACCCGCUGGAAACGGAGCCCUGCAUCAUAUUACCGCUUUGCCAAAGACUGCGCUUUCCGCCUGAGAAUCUUGAACUAGCGCGUCAAGAGGUCUCCCCAAAUGAGCCACAGGACAGGCCCCAAGUUUUGCAAUCACUAAGAAACGUGCUUUCUACGUUCAAAUCUCCCCUGGUCUCACCACAGCCUUUGGAUAUAUAUUGUAAUUGCUUCCAGAGGAUGCUCGAGCGGCCGUACUUGGCGUGGGAAACUUUGGGAUUGCUUAUCCAGCUUUCUGAAGAUCUACAUGUGAUAGAGACAUGGUACGCUCGGUUAUACAUGCUAGCGCUUCAAGAUGGCCGCCUGACUGCAAUGAAUGCCAUGCAAAUUGCCACUGGCAGGGUUUCACCGAAUGUUAUUUUGCAAUGUCUAAAACAAGCCGGUCCCUUCACGGAGGCUCAUGCGAGGUUACUUUCACAAAUCACUCAAGAACAUGCGGCCUUUAGGUUAUGUUAUGGCGAACUCGUCCAAUUGCUUCUCCAGCAGCCUCUCACAGAGACUGUGUGCUUGACCCUAGCAAACCUUUCUGUGUGGCUCCAGCAGCCUGCUAUUGAGGCCGCUUCCCCAAUGAAAUCCACACUCGCAGAUGCUCUUUUCGGGAGGUGCUGCACAAUUCUUUCAAGUGCUUCUGAAAUGAACCAGCCGCCUUUGGAAGAUGAGGAUCCAACACAGGAUAGUUACCUAAAGCAGCUGUCUGACGUGAGUGGAGACGAGGACAACGAGUACGAAUUUGAAGACGAAGAAGACGAUGAAGCGGCGCUGGCCCCGAAGCUAUGUCUUCAGCUUUUAAGGUUACUUCCACUACAAAUACCGCAAUACGUCAUAGAUAGACUAGAAUCUCCCAACCUGAAUGAAGAUGCGCUCCUUGAGCUAAUUGGCGAAAAGGCGAUUAACCUGCCUCAUGUCGUUUCGAGACUUCCGAAGGCAGCAGACCGCUUGCCAAUUGAUAAAAUGCCUUUAAAUGUUUUAGAAGUACUCCCUUCAUUGCCGUCGGUACAAAAACGAAUAGCGUAUUUUACUGAAUCAUCCAUUCUGCCUUCAAACGCACCUCUGAUACUAGCCAACACUAUCAUAAAAGAUGCAGAGCAUAUCAAUGAGAACACCGCAAAUUGUCUAGUCGAAGUGUUGAACCAUCACCUCAACCUGGAGGUCGCUGAUCUCGAACAGUACCAGCUUGCCAUCGACGCGGCUGCUUCGGCUGCAAAAAGGUCUGAGGUCCACCACCUACAUGAUCAUAUUGCGCAAAUGGUAUGGCCCCACCUUAAACCAAACAAAGCUUUCAUUCGCACCAUCAAGGUAGGAAACAUGAAACAGGCUAUUGACGACGGUGUGUCAUUUAGACUAAACUGUUAUACACUGCUUCAACAAUUAGACCUAUCCUAUACAGCACAAUGCGUCAUCUUACAAGAGUGUGCGGAGAGGGGCUUUAAAGAUGAAUCCUCAAUCAAGGAAGCAGCCGCAGAGCUAUUCACAAAAGUGCUUGAGCUUGCGUGGCCAAAUAUAAGAAUCCGUGAUGCUACCUGGUUUGUUGAGCACUUAUGUCCGCGCGUACAAGACAGGGUUCAAAAGCUCCUGUCCGCUGAGCCCCAGGCUACUGCAACGCAGCACCAAAUUGCUGACUGGGCUAGGGGACUUAAAGUCUUGGAACACGUUGAGCUUGUCACUGGUGACAUAUUCAAUAUCGUGAAAAACGAUCUAGAUUGUACCUUUAUGGGCCCCACAGUAUAA